AUGGUCGUACCAACGCGUCCACCGGCAAAUCGCUUUGUCGCCUCAAUGAGAAAGCUUUACAACCCCCUUGGGUUCUCCAAGGGUUACAAUUUUGUUCUUUUCUUCAUCUUCUCUGGUGCCCUCAUGGGAUUCACCCUCGCCCGUUUGCAGUACCUCAGCUUCGACGCGUUUUGCAAAGGCGCGGCUCCCGGAGAAUGCUUCUACUACCAAAAGGGCCAUGAGAAGGCCGGCAUCAUCAUCCACCUUGCCGGGAUCCUCCCGGCCGGCUUCCUGGCAUGCUUCCAGUUCGUGCCCGUGAUCCGCCACAAAGCCAUCUUAUUCCAUCGCCUCAACGGCUAUAUCAUUCUGUUGUUGUCUCUCGUCGGGACAGCCGGUGCUUUCAUGAUUGCACGCCAUGCAUUUGGCGGUGGUCUCGACGUUCAAGCUGUCGUUGGGCUCGUGGGCAUUAUGUUUGUGGUGUCUCUCGUGUUGGCAUAUGUCAACAUUAAGAGGCUUCAGAUUGAGCAGCACCGAGCCUGGAUGCUGCGAGCUUGGUUCUACGCCGGUUCCAUCAUUACCCUUCGUCUCAUCCAGGCCACCAGUGCGGCUAUCGUCAGCAAAAGGGGUACCUACUAUGCCGCACGCCCAUGUGGUCAAGUUGCUUAUAUGAUCGACGACUUAAACCGAACACUCGAAUUGUACCCUGAUUGCUCAGCUUAUUUCUCCGGGGCCAACCCCUCUCAGCAUACGAUUGUCCAUGCGGAUUUUCUGACGGCAACAUCUGCUGCUGAGGCCGGAGCAGCUGUUAGCCUUCCAUUUGGAAUGGCCUUCUGGCUAGCAGUAUCGCUUCACGCCAUUGGUGUCGAAAUAUAUUUGAGACUCACACCGGCAGAGGCUGAACGACUACGUAACGUCUCCUACAAGAGACAGUUAGAAGCCGGCAUGAGCCCCGCAGGAAGAGCUGGACUGACGGCUGACCGCCUUGGCGAUUCCGCGGAAUGGAAGCCCAAGCUUGAGUCGCCCCAAGACAGUUCCGCUUCGUUGGUAUCACAUUGA